AUGCCUGGCAACAAAGUGGUAGCGAUGAAGACCUUAAGCAUUAUAGAACUGCCAAAGAAAACGGCUAAGCGAGAAGUUGCAUGUGCCAGAGCAUACCGUGACGAUAAUUUUUAUAGCAAGCUAGAGAAGGCUAAAGAUGAUAGAGAACUUUUCAGAACUGCAAGGCAUAGAUCCGCACACAAGCUGCAUGGAUGUUCGCUGCAUCAAAUAUAUCGAAAACAAAAAAGGACAGCCGACCAGCAAUCCACCAUA